GGGCUCGCGGGAGGGCGCAGGCGCAUGGGGAUACUGACGGCGGCGGCGACGCGUAGGGAGACUGCGCCUCCCCCACCGGUCACCCUGGCCCUUCUCUGCUUGGACGGGGUCUUCUUAUCGUCGACCGAGAAUGACUUCGUCCACUGCGUCCAGGAGGAGCUGGACCGCUUCCUGCUGCAGAAGCAGCUGUCAAAGGUUCUGCUUUUCCCCCCAUUGUCCAGUCGCCUGCGGUACCUGAUCCAUAGAACAGCGGAGAAGUUUGAUCUCUUGAGCAGCUUCUCUGUUGGUGAGGGGUGGAGACGCAGGACGGUCAUCUGCCACCUGGACAUCAGGGUACCAAGUUCAGAUGGCCCUUCUGGCCCCUGCCGCCCACCUGCCUCCCACCCUGACAAAUACCGUGGUCCUCGGUCCACCUCAAACCAGGGAGCAGGCGUUGGUCCUCGAGGUCCUGGCCGGUGGCGCAGGGGACGAAAGCCAGACCAGCCUUUGUAUGUGCCCCGGGUGCUGCGUAGGCAAGAAGAUAGGAUGGAGACCUCUGCCCUGGAGCUCGAGGGAGAGGCCCCAGCUGGUGGGGUCUUGGAAGAGCCCAGUGACGCCAGUGCUGGGGACCCUACUGCGGAUCAAGUACUCCCUGUGUUGAUGACUCAGGAAACUGAGGACCUGAAGGGCCCAGGCCAGAGCUGUGAGAAUGGGCUAGAGGCAGCUGGUGCUGUACCCCCAGGCCCUGAGAGUCCCUCAAAUGAGCCAGGGCUAGAGCCAGCUGGUGCUGUACCCCCAGGCCCUGAGAGUCCCUCAGAUGAGCCAGGGCUAAAGCCAGCUGGUGCUGAGCCCCCAGGCUCCGAGAGUCCCUCAGGGAAGGAAGGUGGGGUGGAGCUAGCCACACAGCUAGGGUCCAGUUUGCAGCCAGCCCUGGAAGAGGAGGAUUCGAGUCAGCUGGAGCAGAGUCUGGUGGAUAGAGAGAAGGAGGAUGAGGAGGAAGAGGCCAGCUGCCCUGAGGACGAUUACAGUGAGCUGUUGCAGGAGACAGUGAUCACUGUGCACCUGACGGAGAAGGACAUUCAGAUAAAGAAGGCCCAGCUGGACGCAUCCUACUUCAUGGAGGAGUUGCCUGGGGAGAAGGACCUGGCGCAUGUGGUGGAGAUCUAUGACUUUGAGCCAGUGCUCAAGACGGAGGACCUGCUGGCAACGUUUGCAGAGUUCCAGGAGAAGGGGCUCAAGAUCCAGUGGGUGGAUGACACACAUGCCCUUGGCAUCUUCCCCUGCCUGGCCUCAGCUGCCCAAGCCCUGACCAAGGAGUUCUCCAUUCUCAAGAUCCGGCCACUCACGGAGGGAACCAGACAGUCCAAGCUCAGAGCCCUGCAGAGGCCAAAAAUCCUGCACCUGGCAAAGGAGAGGCCACAGACAGACACAGCUGUGGCCCGGAGGCUGGUGGCUCGGGCUCUGGGGUUCCAACACAAAAAGAGAGAGCGGCCUUCCAGCCCCAGCAGCCUGUCAUCCUGAGGCCCCAGGCCUGGCUUCCUGGGCUAAGCUGGGCCCCAACAGCAUAAGCCUUAACUGACAUCAAGACAGCCUCACCAUGGGGCCACCCGGUGGGCCUUAGUUUGGUUUAAUCCCAGAAAUUGAAAAAAAUAAAAACUCUUUAAGUUCUUU